AUGGGCAGCUUGACUCGGUCCGCUACCCGGGCUAAUAAUUCCUAUCUCAUUGAUCCCGCAAUCCCUCGCAAGCUCCACAAGGGAAAUCCGCGUCAGAAACGCGUCGAAUCGACCUCGCCUGGCAAUGCGACCGUGAUCUUGUCAGCGCAUAAGGUCUCUGCAUGGGAAGAGCCUGUCCGUGCCCUCGCGCGCCCAUCUUGGGCGAAUGCCGACGACGACUUUGAUCGCGCCCCGAACGAACACCUCAGAACCAUGAAGCCGAUCGGACAGUACCCGUCCCUGGCGGAAUAUAAGAGCGUCGGUCUGAGGCCUCGGUCAAAGACCUGGAAGACUGGUAUAAAACGCGCGUCCAAAUUAUAUUCACGGACCGACGACGAUGAGGAUCUCACGACGGAUACGCCGAUCACGCCCGUCGCGGAGGAGGAAGCGAUCGCGGCUGAAAUAUUGCGCGCCGACGAUGAUGAUGACGACGACGAUGAUACUAUGAAUGGGGUGGAAACUACGGCCAGAGUCAAGACCGCUGUGGAGGGUGUGGUCAUGGAGGUGGAAGACACGGACGCCGAGGCAGAGGACAUGAAUGAAACCAAUCUCGCGACUCCAGUGUCAGAAGCAGUCGACCCCUCGUCGGCAUUUCCUUCCAUUCACCAGUCGAUCAAUCCUUCUACUCAGCCUUCCGCUCACUCUUCUAUUCAUUCAACUCUCAACUCGCCUGUUGACACCCCCCUAGAGGAAAUCAACUCUCCCGUCCUCACAUUGACCGCUCCCACCACCCACCUCACUGUUCCUGGCUCUCAGUUCCCAACUUCACAUCGCCACUUACAGCAAACGCAGUCACCUCCUGCUACCGCCGUUGCCACGAUGGCCGACACUAUGGUGUCCAAGGAUCAGCAAGUCGUCAAACCGGACUACCUCGCCGUCCUGAAUUCUCUUCCAGUUCCCAGGUCUGAGAAGUACGACGUGAACCAACUCAAGCACGUUCUGGAAGUUGCAGUCACUCGUGCUGUGAACAUCAGCGAAGAUGAUGUUGCUUUGAGCUUAGUGCACUACUGGUCUGAAAUCUCAGGCGAUGACUUCAAACUGUCGCUUGUUCACAACAUUGGUAACGAUGAAAGAGAUCACAAUCUGGAACUCGCCCUUCAAACUAUGCUACGUCAUUCUACGGAUGAAGCGAGCAAGUGGUAUCAAACUUAUGCCGCUGAAAAUUCUCGCCUUCUGGCAGGUCCUGGUUCCCCCACCGAUUCCAGUUUGUCAUCUGCCAAGUCCCUUGAGCCAGAAUCUACCACCUUCAGCCGAGCGGAUAUCUACCGCGACACAAGUGGCCCAAAGCUCGAGGAGGCAUUCCUUAGUGGCAAGACAAAUACUGCGCCGCUAAAGCGGGCCAAGAAGCCUUGCCGGGUGAACGAGAAUUCCUUCAAGCGCAGGCGAGAGUGGGAAGCAGAUUCCACUCUUGAAGAUAGCCUAAGGGAUAAGCGCGCCCGCCUAGCCCAAGGAGCCAAAUCCGACCUGACUCUGGCCGACAGUAGCUCAGUUCGUCCCCAACGCGGACAGCCGGACGAUAUUCAGCACCCCUACUCCUAUGGUGGUGAAGAGCAGGACGAAAACAUGCUAUCUACUCCAAGGGCUGCUACGACUGAAGCUGCUACGCCUGAAGCUACUACUCCUUCCGGUGUAGGCCAGCCCCGGCGGCAACGCAUUGCCAAAGAGCGUUCGAAGGCGAAAGGAAAGGAAGCAGAGAAAGAAAGGGAGAAAGAGAAAGACAAAGACAAAGAGAACGAAAAGCAACUAUCUCGUGGGGCCCGUUCACUAUCCCUGGAUACUACUGUCUCUGGUGCCGAGUCUGAUGCCUCCAAUUCUUGCUACUCGGACAAUGAGAAUUCUUGGGUUGGCGAUUACAAGUGCCGACAAAUGCCGAAUGCCAUUAACGUGCCGGAGAACACGGAUUAUUGCACUAUCUGCGAUGAUGAGGGUGAUUUGCUUUGCUGCGAUACCUGCGAGAAUGCCUUCCAUUUUGGCUGCCUGCGACCCCGGGUGGACAAGAAGAAUCCGCCGAAGGGCGACUGGUUCUGCGAGACUUGCGUCGUGCGCAACAGCCUCACCACCACCAUCGCCUGGGGCAAGCACAAGCGAAGGAAAUCUUCCUACUCCCCGCCACAGGGCAUCAAGGAUUACUUCGAAGGCGUCGGCGAAGAGAUCCGCGGCAACACGCACUAUCCACCGGAGGAGAAACGGACGUAUUCCUUCUACAAAUCCGUCCCCACCAUGCCGAGGCUGACUAAGCCUCCCAAGACCGACAAGGACCACAGCAACAGGACGCCUCUUUACGACGACCCCAACCUAACCAAGUUGAUGGAGAACGGGCAUGUCAUUCUCUGUAACAAGUGUGGCCUGUCUUCCGAGGGUACGCGUCCGAUUAUCCGUUGUGACUACUGUGAAUCCCGCUUCCACCUAGACUGCCUUGACCCGCCCAUGGCCAAGCCCCCUAACCCUUACGAAGGCUGGCUUUGUCCCAACCAUGUUACUUCCGAUGAUCUAGUGGUCAGAAAACAUGUUAAUGGUCAGGUGCAAGAGCGUCGUCCUCGUCGCCCAAAGAAGGCAACGACCCUCUCUCACAGGUGGGAUCCCGAACAAACAUGGGAUGAGGAUUUCACCGCGCAGGACGAUGACGUCGGCUCUCGCGAGAUUGUCCUCGACUUCAUUUCCACUGCCAAGUUCAACAAGAAACGCGAGGAUGAACAGAAACAGAAGCAACUCGAAAGCACCAUGCUGGAUCUGACCAGGCACUUGACGAUGGAGCAUUUUACCAAGAACGGAGUCUCCCUUGCUGACAUCUCCAACCCAAACCCCCAACUCCGGGCUGGUAUCAAGAGUCUCCUUCAUAACUAUGACUCUGGAAGAUAUAACCUUGCCACCUACGAUGCCGCGUCUUCUCUGCUCGGCCUUUCUAAUGGCGAGCCAGUUACGAUAGAUGAUGAGCCCGUCACUGCCAGCAUAUCGGCUGAAAAGAUUGCCGUUGCCCCUGUCCCCUCCCAACAGGAUGAACCGGUCGACUUGGAAACACCCCAGAAAGCCACUUCCCCCAAGCCCGAUGAAAAAGACACUCCAGCUCCAGUUCCAUCGCCUGCGCCUGCGCCAGGAACUGCUUCCCGCCCGCUGGCACGGUCUGCCCCGGCUUCUCGUCGGCAAUCUCGGUCUCGUCGCAUCACCAACUCCCCCAGGGAGACUCGGAAAAAGAAGCGAUCAUAUGCUGAAUCCGAGCCUUCUCUCAGCGCAGACGAGCCGGCUCUCAAGCGCCAGCACGCUGAUUCCGAUUAA